AUGACACACCCAGAGUACGCCUUCGUGGUCGAACAUCUUGACCCAGAACUGGGCCCUUGGUCGGCUCUGGAAUACAAGACCAUCGCAAAGGAAUCACGGGAUUCUGGCUGCCAUUUUAUUCUGUCGUCCGUGCCUCAAUCGCUGCUCGAAUCUACAGACUUGAAAGAAAUCCAGGGUAUCGGGGGAGAGGCCAGGACAGACAGCAUCGAGACCUACUAUGCGGCCAAGAAGGAGAAAAUCUGUCUUCUCGACCCCGGUGCAAGCCAAGAGUUGAACCCUUCUGAUGCCCAGGUCUUUGAUACCUUCCUGUUUGGAGGAAUACUGGGAGAUGACCCUCCGCGAGACAGAACAAGUGAACUGCGAAAGAAAGGCUUCUCCGGCAGGCGACUUGGACCGAAGCAGAUGACCACAGACACAGCUGUACGAGUAACACGUAUGGUGAUCCUGAAUCAGAUGCCCCUGGACAAAAUUCCCUACGUAGAUUAUCCUGAACUGAGGCUGGAUGAGCACGAGACGACAGAGAUGCCGUUCCGAUAUGUGACUGAUGCAUCAAACAGGCCGAUCAUGCCUGAGGGCAUGAUCGAUCUCAUCAAAGCUGAUGCUGACAAGGCCUUUGACAGCCUUGAAUUCGUCGACGAGGUCGAAGGCAUUGAGAACCUGAAGGUCAAUCAAGGUUGA